GUUGACGGCAGGUCCCGGCUGCCCUUUGUGAAUGCCAUGGAUAUAGGUCCCUUCAUCUGCUCAGGAGUAUCUCUUCAGGCUGCGUUUGGUCGCACGAGCCCAUGUCGUCAGCAGGAUUGGCGGAGCUCGCAGCUUGCUGUCGGUGGGAGCGGCAAUCGGGAUGGGUUACGUCGUUGACCCUUUUGCCGCCCAGGGACGACGUCGUUUUCGAGCCUAAGCGUGGAGGUGCAAUGAGCAUUGCAGGCUUCAUCCAACGAAUCCUUCGCUCUUGGUUGUGAUCUCUUCCACUACUGACAUCCCGGUCCUCAGCCACCAUGGUCACCACAAUGAGCUCGCAAAGCCAGAGCCGCCGCUCUUCUCUGGGAUCGGCCAACGGCGAGUUUAGCUCGUCUGAACAAAACCCCAACUACUUCGACACGGCAGAGGUCUGGCAGCGAUAUCACGAUGUGCGACCGGAGUAUCCCGACGAGCUCUUUGAGCUCAUCUUCGCGUACCACGCAAAGCAGUCGAAGAGCUUUGAGCUCGCUGCUGACUUUGGCUCUGGGCCGGGGACCAUCGUGCCAAGUCUAUUGUCCCGAUUUGAGCGGGUUGAAGCAAGUGAUCUCAAUCGAUGGCAAGUCGAUACAGGCCGUCGACUACUUCAAGAGCGCUACGGCAAGGAUCGCGUUGCCUUCCACCACGGUGCUGCAGGCGAGUGCGAUUGGCUGAAGGACGACUCAGCCGACCUCUUCAUUGCCGCCGAAGCUGCUCAAUGGUUCGAUAUGGAAGCUUGGGGCAAAGAGGCAGGGGACAAGCUGCGACCAGGCGGUACUCUCGCCAUGAUUUACUACGGCUGCAACGCAACCAUCAUUGACCCUCCAGAGGCGGCGCCUUUCUGCAAUAAGCUCUUCAGCAUUCUCUUCGAGACGACGUGGGCCCAGAUCGGCUUCCCCAAGAACGCGCUCCUUCCUCACGUCACCAAGUUCGAUAGCGUCGGAGUAUCAGAGUCGUUCUUCGACAAGAGCAAGGAAGAGCGACACAAGUGGAAGCUCCCAGAGGCUGUUGGUGGCCCGUGGGGCUUGGGUGAGAAUGCUCCGUCCUCACGAGCACUCUUUGAGGAGGUGCCCGACGCAAGUCAAGGAGCUCAGCAAUUUGAAUACGGCGGUGAGGAAGGUAAGUGCUUGUUGCAGCGCAAGGGAUGGACAACCGACGACCUGAUGGAAUACAUCAAAUCCCUCGGCAUGCCGAUGCAAAACUUGACUGAAUCGCCCGAGUACCAGGCCACGCUCGAUGCUCUACACAAGGCCGUCGGUGGGCCCAAGGGGACUUUCACCGCUGGCUGGUGGCUCAGUCUCGUCUUGGCUACCCGCAAGUGAGCAGGUGGUGCCUGUUGGCCAUGCCAAUGUCCUACCUCUCUC